AUGGGAGAAGCGUUGGCGGCAGAGCUCGGGCUUCAGCUAGCAAAGCAAUUUCAGGUAGCUAACCCGAUUUUGGAGUCAGAUUGCUUACUACUAAUCCAAAAGAUACAGGAUGCGCAGGAUGUACAUACAGAAAUAGGAAUGGUGUGCCGCAACGUUCGGAGAUUGCUACAGGAGAUGGGUGGAGGUUCGUGGCGACAUAUUCGACGAACAGCAAAUGAAGCAGCUCAUGUUAUGGCGCAGCAUUGGAAUAGUUCGAAUGGGACGAAUGUCUGGGUAGAUAGCCCCCCUGGGUUUCUGGUUAAUCAGCUGCAUUGUGAUAAUGUAACGCCAAACGCAGAUUAA